AAUUGUUUUGAUGUUUUCGGAUUCGGUUUUCGCGCAUCGAGUGAAAAACAUUUUCCGCACAAAAAUCAGUAAAAUUUACCCGGAAAAUCGUGAAAAUCAGCAGUAAAUUCGGCUUAACUCAGUGAAUAUUGUGACCCGCUGUUUGUGUCAUCGAAUAGUGUAGAAAUCUGCACGAAAUAGUCGAUUUUCGGUGCAAAACGGUAGCCGAUCGAGGAGGUCCUACCAGAAGCACGUGUUUACGUUUUGUUCAAUAGGAAAAUAAACUAAGAAAAAUGGGCAAAAAGAAAGCCAACCAGUUGGGUAGGUCGCUGAUUAAGGACCGCUUCGGCCAGGGCAACCGGAAGACCGUGGAUAACAAUAGUAUGCUUCACACCACCGAAGUUCAGGACGGAUACGAUUGGGGUCGGCUGAAUUUGCAAUCCGUCACGGAGGAAUCGUCCUUUCAGGAGUUUUUGCGAACCGCCGAAUUGGCGGGAACGGAAUUCCAAGCCGAGAAGUUGAACAUCACCUAUGUUAAUCCGAAGGCCAAGGUUGGGUUGUUGACUAAUAAUGAGAGGGUGGCGAUCGAGCGGAAGCAGGUGGACAAGAAGGGUUUGCUGAAGAUUCCCAGGAGGCCGAAAUGGACCAAGGAGACGACUCCGGAGGAGCUACAAACCAUGGAGAAUGAAAACUUUCUGGACUGGAGAAGAGGAUUGGCCGCCCUGCAGGAGGAGGAUGGAAUGUUGAUGACUCCGUACGAGCGGAAUUUGGACUUUUGGCGGCAGUUGUGGAGAGUGGUGGAGCGAUCGGAUAUUGUGGUGCAGAUUGUGGACGGGCGGAAUCCACUGCUGUUCCGGAGUGAAGAUUUGGAGCGGUACGUGAAGGAGGUGGACGAGAAGAAAAUGAACAUGAUUUUAAUUAACAAAUCGGAUUUCCUGAAUGAGGACCAACGAACAGCUUGGGCGAAGUAUUUCGAUGAGCAGGGAAUCCGGGUGGCGUUUUUUUCGGCGACAGAGUCCGUGGAGGAAGCCAAGCGGGAACAGGAGGAACGGGAAGCGAGGGAAGAACGCGGUGAUCAGGAGGAGGAGGACGAGGAAGACGAAGUUAACGAUGAGCUGGGCGAGAAGCUAAAGGGAUUGGAAGUGAAAAUCGAUCAAGUGGAAAACGUUCUGGAGAAGCUGGAAGAAAAAAUUGAGCAGCUUGCAGAGGAUGGAAAUGCGAGUUCAUCAGCAUCAGAACCUGCCACAAAAAUCCGGAACAAUCCCAAAAUCCUCACAAACACAGAACUGAUUGCCCUGUUCAAAAGUCUGCACAAGGAAGAACGCGUCACCAGUGGCCUGGUGACGGUCGGUUUGGUCGGAUACCCGAACGUCGGCAAAAGCAGCACCAUCAACGCCGUAUUCCUGGAAAAGAAAGUAUCCGUCUCGGCCACUCCCGGUAAGACCAAACACUUCCAGACGCUCUACGUGGACAGUGAGCUGCUGUUCUGCGAUUGCCCGGGAUUGGUUAUGCCCAGCUUCUGCACCACCAAGGCAGACAUGAUCCUGAACGGCAUCCUUCCGAUCGACCAGAUGCGCGAUCACGUUCCUCCGGUGAAUCUACUGUGCACGCUUAUACCACGACACGUCCUAGAGGACACGUACGGAAUUAUGAUCACGAAACCGUUGGAGGCGGAGGAUCCCAAUCGGCCACCGUUUGCUGAGGAACUUUUGCUGGCAUUUGCGUACAAUCGGGGUUACAUGACCGCCAACGGACAACCGGAUCAGUCUCGGGGAUCGCGAUACGUACUGAAGGACUUUGUCAACGGGAAGUUGCUGUAUUGUCAUGCCCCGCCGAACGUGGAUCAGAAAGAAUUCCAUAAGUUUCUCGAACGUCAGAAAGAGGAAGUGGACAUCAAACUGCUGCCGCCGCGACAACAGAGAGCAAUGAAGAUGGGCACCACCACCGGCAAUGAUGUCGAUGCACAAUUUUUCCAGGACCGUUCGGCCACCGGUUUCGUCAAGGGUCGCAGUGACUUUCCGAACGUACGGUUACCGCCGGGAACUGCCAAUCCACAGGAAGCCGGAGUCAUCAUCGCGGGGAAACCGUGGAAGCACCAGAAACGAGAAAAGCGGGAAAAACUUCGCCGGAAGUACGCCCACCUCGAUCAGCAUUGAUUUGGUGGUCUGGGGGAAGGGUCAUGCAGAAGAGAAAACCCAGUUCCAAUAAACUGUCUUUGUAACUUUAUUGUUUGUUGUACAAAAGAGGAAAUUACACAUCUUUUAUAUUAAAUAUAAAUAUGUAUCAUAAUAUAGUUUGCUUACAGAGUAAUAUCGAAUCACCUCGUGUUUGCUUGCUAGUGUAGUGUUUGAAUUUGUUGUUUUUGGAUUAAAACCAGUUGUUUGUGUCCCUUUCCUCCUGUCCCAUAUCCCAUCAUUGGUUAUUGUUUCGUGGUUCACUAUUUUACUCUUUGUUCCUACAGUAGGUAUGUAUAAUUUUUCGAACAUCAACUUCGAUUCAAUUCCGAAACAAAACAAAGAAACCCGGAAGGACGUAACCCAAUUUUAAUUUGAAAGCUAGAAAUUGUUUUGCUAUUAGUUUCCCCCUUUUUUUGAAGUUCCCUCGAAAACAUCUCAGUGGUUCUUUCCGGUA